GUUUUAGUCGUCGCGACGCCGAGCGUCGUUUACUGGAUACUUACGUCUCUACCACCGCGGUGUGCGUGAAUGUUAAUUUCCUCCAACGCAUACCUCUAUCGAUCUAAUUCGUAAAAGGAAAGAUUUUAUUAUAGGCUCAUUAGACUUAGUGUAAAAGAAGAAAAUAGAACGAGAAAAAUGUACAGGGAUAUGGUGAAAGUUUAUCGGGUUACGGUCAAGUUGACCGAAAAUAUUUCCUCGAGAAAUUUGCACACGCAUAAGCAUUUCGCUGCGAUAGCGGGAAGCAAAAUGAAAAUGGGAAAGACAAAUUACAUAGACGCAGCAUUUGGAAGUGCCAUCGAUAUGCAGCGAUCAAAUACACGCGAGUACAGCUUUAUUCAUGACAGCCAUUACAUGUACGCCCGAGAUCAGGAUCAAGUCAGAAACGCCGAGGACGUGUUGUUCGACAUGUUCAAAAAUGAAGACACGGGACUUUUGCCGGUUGGGAAAUUCCUCGCUGCACUCAGGAGCACGGGAUUGAGAAAAAACGAUCCCAGACUUCAAGAACUCUCAGAUAAUCUCAGAAAAGAACAGCUCAAGUCCGGAGGACACGAAGGACUUUCUCACGAAACUCAGAAACUCGACAGAGAACAAUUUAGAAGGAUAAUAAAUCCGAAUAUCGUCCUGAUAUCACGCGCUUUCCGGCAUCAGUUCAUAAUACCGGAUUGGUCUGGCUUCACGAAGCACAUUGAAGACUUCUAUUGGAAAUGCAAAACUAACACGGAGGGUAAAGUAGCGUCCUACAUCCCUCAGCUGGCGAGGAUGAACCCCGAGUAUUGGGGUGUCUCAGUCUGCACGAUAGACGGACAGCGAUUCAGCAUCGGUGACACUUCGGUUCCCUUCACUUUGCAAAGUUGCAGCAAACCUCUGACCUACGCCAUCGCUCUCGAAAGACUCGGACAAGAAACCGUCCAUCAAUAUGUGGGCCAGGAACCCUCGGGAAGAAACUUUAACGAACUUGUUCUCGAUUACAACAAAAAACCACACAAUCCAAUGAUAAACGCAGGGGCGAUUCUUGUUUGUUCGCUGCUGAAGACGUUGAUUAAACCGGAAAUGACACUGGCGGAGAAGUUUGACUUCACGAUGAAUUAUUUCAAGAGAUUAGCUGGCGGCGAGAGUCUCAGUUUCAACAACGCGGUAUUUUUGUCGGAACGCGAAGCUGCGGACAGAAAUUACGCCCUCGGAUUUUAUAUGAGAGAGCACAAGUGUUAUCCUGACAAAACGAAUCUUCGUGAAAUCAUGGACUUCUAUUUCCAGUGCUGCGCGAUGGAGGCGAACUGCGAGUCCAUGUCGGUUAUGGCGGCGACUCUUGCAAACGGUGGAAUCUGUCCGAUCACCGAGGAGAAGGUGUUGAAGCCUGACAGUGUCAGGGACGUCCUCAGCCUGAUGCAUAGUUGCGGGAUGUACGAUUACAGCGGACAGUUCGCCUUCAAGGUUGGAAUACCGGCGAAAUCCGGAGUCUCUGGAAGUCUUUUAGUCGUGAUACCAAACGUGAUGGGCAUCUGCACGUGGUCCCCACCCUUGGAUCCUUUGGGAAAUUCUUGCCGGGGUGUCCAGUUCUGCGAGGAACUUGUUACUGAGUUUAAUUUCCACAGCACCUACUAUGAUCAUAGGUACGACAAUCUAAAACAUGCGACAAACAAAAAGGACCCGAGAAGACACAAGUACGAGACGAAGGGCUUGUCCAUCGUCAAUUUGCUAUUCAGCGCUGCCAGCGGUGACGUCACGGCCAUGCGAAGGCACCGUUUGAGCGGCAUGGAUAUGACACUGUCAGAUUACGAUGGCCGGACUGCUUUGCAUCUAGCAGCUAGCGAAGGGCAUUUGGACUGCGUAGAAUUUCUCAUUGAACAGUGCGGCGUUCCUCAUGAUCCCAAAGACAGGUGGGGAAAUUUGCCUAUAAACGAGGCGCAGACCUUUGGUCACCAACAGGUAGUCGAAUACCUUAGAAACUACGAAGCAGCGCAUAUUAAAGAUCCGCCAAACGGUACGUCAGGACCUUCAAGUGACACGGAAAGCGACGCGACGUCCACGAAAGAACCGGAUACAAGUCCAUUGCCAUAAAUAGUAAAAUAAUUUUAGGAAAUUAGAUUAAAGAUAUUCAAUAUUUAUCCGCCGGUGAAAUUUUUUUAUUAACAUUAUUGAACUUAUUAUUAUAAUUGCACAGUCCUCAAGCAACGU